UCAACAAUCCCAACAAUUUUCAAUCAGUCUGCGUUGAGCAGUGCUACGAGACGUUAAAGUGAUUUAGUGUGUUGUGAUAUAGGAGGAAGGAUAUUAUAUACGUAACAACUUUCUCCAAUGUACUUGAGUGUCACGUUAUACUCAAUAUCGACGUCAAUUUAUUGAAAAUUUACUAACUGGAAUUGACAUAUUUGUUAAAAAGAGGAUUGAACUUUGUUUCUAAAAUCCGACAGAAGAAAUAGAGUCAUUAUGAUGGAAUAAAUUGAAUUCACUUAGCAUAAGUUUGUGAGAAAUAAUUAGCCAACCAUCGAGCUUCUACAUCAACCCCCUCUCAUCAGACAGGACAAACUUGAGGAAGGUACGCACCCCAGUCUUAAGUUACCUCUGAACGAUGAGACUUUUGAUCAGGUAGUUGACAUUGAGCUGUGCUACAAGACACAUCGGUCCAGUGCUCUAUUCAUCAAAAAGUGUUUCGUACAUUUUGAGUUGUAAUAAAACAACUUAUUUACUCAGUAAAUAUUUUCAUAUUUGUUGGUUCAGUUUCAUUGGAAAUUUAUCAAUCGAGUCAUUAUGAUGGAUUGGAUACGUUUUUUUAUGAUAUUACUGGGCGUUUCCAUAUCAUCCAAAGCAUUUGAAUGUCCACAAGGAGAUGGCUGUGGACCAUGUGAACUUUACUCAGCUGACAAAUACCAAAUACAAUGUGGAUUAAACAACAGUGAUUAUACCUUCAAUGUAGAAUUAAAUAUUGCGAAUUAUGUUUCUAUCAGUUGUUUAACAAAAACAAAUUGGUCAAAAUUUCACCUUGGAUCAAAGAAUCCUAUCAAAGGAAUACAUUCAAUAGCAGUCUCCAUGUGUCAACUUCCUGAAGGCAAUAGAUUUGGUACUAUUGUUAAAAAAUUGCUUGAAGAGCCAGUAAAAAGUUUGACUUUUUCUUCGUAUGAUAAUAUAACAUCAACGUUGUCGCGAGAAACAUUGAAAGGAUUUGAAAACUUGACGAGAUUGACAUUGUCGAGCAAUUCAUUGACAAGCAUUCCUGGAGAUCUUCUCCAUGAUCUUUCAAAUUUGACUCUUCUGAACCUUCGACAAAAUAAUCUGCACAAUUUGCCAGUCAACUUUCUAAAUACUCCAAAAUUAAAUACCCUCGAACUUGGAAGUAACAAAUUAGAAGUCAUCGAGGCUGGAAUUUUCGAUAAAUUGACGAAUUUAACACUACUUAAUAUAUGGAAUAACAACUUGAAGGAGAUUCAACCGCAUGCAUUUGACAAACUUACUUCUGUCCAGUUUAUUGAUUUGCAUAUCAAUAAUUUGACUAAUUUACCAAAGGAUUUAUUUAGUGCAAAUAAAAAACUCAAAGUACUCAAUUUAUCACAAAACAACUUUUCUUCUGAAUCUUUACCAAAAGACUUGUUACGAAAUAACUUCCUUUUGGAAAAUUUUACUAUGAUUCAAAACAAACGAAAUAUCACGACUUUGCCUGAAGGAUUUUUUGAAAAUCUUACCGGAUUAAUGAAUCUAAAAUUGUCUAAAAUCGGCUUACUGUUUAUACCUGAAAAUUUAUUUUGGGGAUCAACUGAAAUACAAACAUUGCAUCUGGACAGAAAUUAUCUUCAAACUAUUCCACCGAAUUUUUUCAAAGAUUGUAGCAAUUUGAAGUCACUUAUUUUGAAUUUUAAUGAAUUGUCUGAUCUACCGGAUAAUGUUUUCUCAACAUUAAAAAAACUUGAAGUAUUGGAUUUGUCUAAAAAUCACAUCACAACUAUUUCCACAAAUUUAUUAAAUGGUUUAUCUUCUCUACGUGUGAUUAAAAUGGAACGAAAUGGACUGAUGACAAUCGAUCCAACAGCUUUCCAAAGUUUACAAAAUCUUCGAGUGGCGCACUUUUCACACAACAGUUUAACAUUAAAACCGAAAAUUAUGACAUAUGUUGACAAAUAUGGAUCGACUUCACCAUUCCACCUUUGUCAAGAUACUUUGGAGGAACUUUAUAUUGAUCAUAAUAAUAUCACUGAUGUCUUUUUUGAUUGGAUCACCUCAACUCAUCUCCGAACGUUGAACUUGGCCAAUAAUGAUCUUCAUUUUUUAGAGACAUCCGAUCUCCAGUUCUUAUCGAACAAAAUCGAAGUAGAUAUGACAAAUAACAAAAUUCAAAGUAUUUUCCUUCGACACGCAGAAAAAUUAGCUGACGUCCAACGAUUUCCUCGCAAUGUAUUUAUAAAUAUUCAAAACAAUCCUAUAAGUUGUGACUGUAAUCUGUAUGACUUGUUGCGGUAUAUUGAAGGAGAUAUUCAUCCAUAUGUACAAAAUCUUUUCAGUCUAAAAGUAGAUAAUCUCAAGUGUGACCAACCUGCAUCACUAAAAGGUAUAGAGAUCAGCCAUUUAAAAUCUCGAUCUUUGACAUGCGAAAUAAUAGAAUCACCAAGAGACAACUUAUCAUGUCCACAAAACUGCACAUGUAUGAAGAGACCAUCAGAUAAAUCGAUUUUAAUUGAUUGUUCUUAUCGUGGAUUAACCGUAGCUCCAGAGCCACUCCAUGUUCCAGCUGGACGUCGUGUAGAAAUGAAUUUGAUUGGAAAUCAUCUUACAACAAUGCCAUCAUUAACCCAAUCAGGAUAUGAUCAAGUUACUGUGCUAUCUCUCAAUAAGAAUAGUAUUUCACAAAUUUCUGCGAAUGCUACAUCAGAGAAAUUGGAAUCAUUAUAUUUAGAUAAUAAUAAGCUGGAGCGUAUUGAUAAUCAAGUCUUAGAAUUAUGGAAAAAUUCAACAAAAUUAACAAAUCUUUCUCUCCAGUAUAAUCCAUUGAUAUGUGAUUGUAAUGCGCAUAAUUUGGUAAAAUUCAUCCAAACAAUGAGAAUAAAGAUUCCUGAACUUCAAGACGUAACGUGUGUUGAAACAGAUGCAUUCAUUUUUGAAAUGACCCCUGAAGAAUUAUGCCCGAUAAUACUUGACUGGAUAAUUGGGCUCUCCAUCGGUGUAGCAUUAAUUGGAAUGGUAAUAGGACUUCUUAUUGCACUGAGUUACCGGUAUCAACAUGAAAUAAAAGUUUGGUUGUAUGCCCAUCAAUCGUGUAUGUGGUUUGUCACCGAAGAAGAACUUGAUAAAGAUAAACUUUUUGAUGCUUUUAUAAGUUUUUCACAAAAAGAUGAGGAAUUUGUUACCAAAGAAUUAGUUCCUAAACUAGAAGAGGGGCCAAAGCCAUUUAAAUUAUGCGUACAUUACAGAGAUUGGAAAGCCGGUGAAUUUAUUCCUAAACAAAUUGCUCGAUCUAUUGAGGAUUCACGAAGAACUGUUGUUGUUUUAUCUCCAAACUUUUUAGAGAGUGUUUGGGGACGAUUAGAAUUCCGUGCUGCUCAUCGUCAAGCUCUCAAUGAAGGUAGAGCCCGAGUCAUUGUUAUUUUGUAUGGAGAUAUUGGGUUGACCGAAAAUUUGGAUCCUGAGCUAAAAGCGUAUCUUAAUAUGAAUACGUAUGUUCGAUGGGGAGAUCCAUGGUUUUGGGAAAAGUUGCGAUAUGCGUUACCACAUGCAACAGAUGUCAUUAAAAAAAAGAGAAACCAUGAAAUUAAAACUAUCUAUGAGACUCAUUUCCCAACAAUUAGUCUUAAUACUGAUAAAAGUGAAUUAAUUCAGGUUAAUGGAAUUUUCCCUAGUGCUCCUUCACCUCCAACAUCAACUCCUCCCGCUGAUUCGAUAAAAACUUUCAUUAAUAUAGAAAGCAAGCAAAAGCUUUUUAUGAAAUGGGUUGCGAAAAUGAAUUGGCUGUUGUUGACAAUAAUAUUCCAGUUGGCAAUAUCAAGAUCUUAUAGAACGCAUUGUCCGAAAGGAGGAACUUGCGGACCGUGUGAACUCCGUUCAGCAAACAAGUAUAAAAUAAUCUGUGAUCUUUUUGAAUCUGAUACUGCGUUCGAUGUCGACUUCAAGUUAAACGAAUUCGUCACCAUCACCUGCUUAAAUGAUGCUGAUUUGGCAGAGUUUGAACUCGGAUCAGAAAAAAAACUUGCAGAAAUUGACACAAUUAUAAUCUCCUUAUGUCAACUUCCCGACGGAAAAAAUCUUACCACCAUUGCCAAGACAUUGCUUGAAGAGCCAGUAAAAAGUUUGACUUUUUCUUCGUAUGAUAAUAUAACAUCAACGUUGUCGCGAGAAACAUUGAAAGGAUUUGAAAACUUGACGAGAUUGACAUUGUCGAGCAAUUCAUUGACAAGCAUUCCUGGAGAUCUUCUCCAUGAUCUUUCAAAUUUGACUCUUCUGAACCUUCGACAAAAUAAUCUGCACAAUUUGCCAGUCAACUUUCUAAAUACUCCAAAAUUAAAUACCCUCGAACUUGGAAGUAACAAAUUAGAAGUCAUCGAGGCUGGAAUUUUCGAUAAAUUGACGAAUUUAACACUACUUAAUAUAUGGAAUAACAACUUGAAGGAGAUUCAACCGCAUGCAUUUGACAAACUUACUUCUGUCCAGUUUAUUGAUUUGCAUAUCAAUAAUUUGACUAAUUUACCAAAGGAUUUAUUUAGUGCAAAUAAAAAACUCAAAGUACUCAAUUUAUCACAAAACAACUUUUCUUCUGAAUCUUUACCAAAAGACUUGUUACGAAAUAACUUCCUUUUGGAAAAUUUUACUAUGAUUCAAAACAAACGAAAUAUCACGACUUUGCCUGAAGGAUUUUUUGAAAAUCUUACCGGAUUAAUGAAUCUAAAAUUGUCUAAAAUCGGCUUACUGUUUAUACCUGAAAAUUUAUUUUGGGGAUCAACUGAAAUACAAACAUUGCAUCUGGACAGAAAUUAUCUUCAAACUAUUCCACCGAAUUUUUUCAAAGAUUGUAGCAAUUUGAAGUCACUUAUUUUGAAUUUUAAUGAAUUGUCUGAUCUACCGGAUAAUGUUUUCUCAACAUUAAAAAAACUUGAAGUAUUGGAUUUGUCUAAAAAUCACAUCACAACUAUUUCCACAAAGCUUCUGAAUAGAUUGUCUUCUUUACGUGCGAUUAAAAUGGAGCAUAAUGGCUUAAUGACGAUUGAUCCAAAAGCAUUCCAAAACUUAAACAGUUUGCAAUUUGCACAUUUUUCAUAUAACAAUUUGACACUAAAAUCACCUGUUAUAACAAAUAUUGACGAGCACAGAUUGAUUUCUCCAUUUCACUUCUGCCAAGAUACUCUAGAAGAACUUUUCAUUGAUCAUAAUAAUAUUACUGAAGUAUUUUCCGACUGGACCACAGCACCACGUCUUCGAACUCUUAAUUUGGCUUAUAACCAACUUUAUUAUUUACAAAUAUCAAACCUCCGAUUUUCUUCAGAUAUGAUCGAAGUAGACAUGACACAUAACAAAAUCUAUACUAUUUACUUUCAAGACAUUGAAGCAUCGGCUGAAGCCCAAGACAUUUCUCGUAAGGUCAUUAUUAAUGUGCAAAACAAUCCCAUCAGUUGUGACUGUAAUCUGUAUGACUUGUUGCGGUAUAUUGAAGGAAAAUUUCAUCCGAAUAUUCGACAUUUAUACAAUCUGAAAGUCGAUAAUCUAAAAUGCCAUAGACCUGAGCGACUGAAAGAUGUUGGAAUCGUCUAUCUGAAAUCUCGAUCUUUGACAUGCGAAAUAAUAGAAUCACCAAGAGACAACUUAUCAUGUCCACAAAACUGCACAUGUAUGAAGAGACCAUCAGAUAAAUCGAUUUUAAUUGAUUGUUCUUAUCGUGGAUUAACCGUAGCUCCAGAGCCACUCCAUGUUCCAGCUGGACGUCGUGUAGAAAUGAAUUUGAUUGGAAAUCAUCUUACAACAAUGCCAUCAUUAACCCAAUCAGGAUAUGAUCAAGUUACUGUGCUAUCUCUCAAUAAGAAUAGUAUUUCACAAAUUUCUGCGAAUGCUACAUCAGAGAAAUUGGAAUCAUUAUAUUUAGAUAAUAAUAAGCUGGAGCGUAUUGAUAAUCAAGUCUUAGAAUUAUGGAAAAAUUCAACAAAAUUAACAAAUCUUUCUCUCCAGUAUAAUCCAUUGAUAUGUGAUUGUAAUGCGCAUAAUUUGGUAAAAUUCAUCCAAACAAUGAGAAUAAAGAUUCCUGAACUUCAAGACGUAACGUGUGUUGAAACAGAUGCAUUCAUUUUUGAAAUGACCCCUGAAGAAUUAUGCCCGAUAAUACUUGACUGGAUAAUUGGGCUCUCCAUCGGUGUAGCAUUAAUUGGAAUGGUAAUAGGACUUCUUAUUGCACUGAGUUACCGGUAUCAACAUGAAAUAAAAGUUUGGUUGUAUGCCCAUCAAUCGUGUAUGUGGUUUGUCACCGAAGAAGAACUUGAUAAAGAUAAACUUUUUGAUGCUUUUAUAAGUUUUUCACAAAAAGAUGAGGAAUUUGUUACCAAAGAAUUAGUUCCUAAACUAGAAGAGGGGCCAAAGCCAUUUAAAUUAUGCGUACAUUACAGAGAUUGGAAAGCCGGUGAAUUUAUUCCUAAACAAAUUGCUCGAUCUAUUGAGGAUUCACGAAGAACUGUUGUUGUUUUAUCUCCAAACUUUUUAGAGAGUGUUUGGGGACGAUUAGAAUUCCGUGCUGCUCAUCGUCAAGCUCUCAAUGAAGGUAGAGCCCGAGUCAUUGUUAUUUUGUAUGGAGAUAUUGGGUUGACCGAAAAUUUGGAUCCUGAGCUAAAAGCGUAUCUUAAUAUGAAUACGUAUGUUCGAUGGGGAGAUCCAUGGUUUUGGGAAAAGUUGCGAUAUGCGUUACCACAUGCAACAGAUGUCAUUAAAAAAAAGAGAAACCAUGAAAUUAAAACUAUCUAUGAGACUCAUUUCCCAACAAUUAGUCUUAAUACUGAUAAAAGUGAAUUAAUUCAGGUUAAUGGAAUUUUCCCUAGUGCUCCUUCACCUCCAACAUCAACUCCUCCCGCUGAUUCGAUAAAAACUUUCAUUAAUAUAGAAAGUUAAAGUUUUACAGCAAAUGUUUUGCUGUACAUAUACUGUAAAUAUCAUUCAUGAUCAUCUGUUUACGCCAUAUUUGACAAUUUUACACAUAUGCACCAUUUAUUUAUUUAUGUAUUCCAUUAUUAUCUAUUAAAUAAUCAAUCAUUGAAUCGAGAAAAAAGUGAGGUUUAAUACUCAUAAUACUGAAUUUACAUAUAAAUGGAUUGUUCAUAAAGUUAUGAAUAUUAAUUCCAAUUACUCAGAGUUUUUAUUUCAAAUAUGAACAUAAGACUGAAUUGAUAUUAAGACAUUUCAUAAGUAAUAAUCUAUACUGUAAAUCAUUCAUUAUCAUCAACUGUAGAAUUAAAUUUUUACGAUUUCACAUGAGG